GUUAUACAGACACAUGGUUUGAAUAUAAGUCGAAAUUACCUAGAUUAUGAUAUACAACUUACGAGCGUGUAUCGUCGAAGUGAACUGACUGCUAUUGUGACACGGGGACCGUCUUGCCCGCUGUUCCCCUAUAUCAAACAUCAGCUGGUUUUGGUUGAUUUGAACUGUUUUUGUUUGUGCCACCGCGCGAAUUGAAAGGAAUAAAAUUUGUGCGUUGAAAUCAAUGAGAAAAACCCGAAUCCCUUGAGGCAACUGCUAAUCAUGGCACUACCUACGUUCGAAAAUGACAACAAGCUGCCAUUGAACGAGUUGCUGAUUACCCUGGACGAAGAUGGUGUGAAAAGAACUGUUCCUGCGUUGCAUGAAAAAUGGAAAGAUCCACGUUGUUUCACUCGAUACACUCCACUUCAUGUUUACAAUGGGUGUUUACUAGAGGAAGGCUCUGCCGGGUUUGAUCAGUGGCUGAGCGAGGCCGGCUGGUUUAUAAAGGACAUGGAAUCGCUGCUGGAACUGGAGCAUUAUCGAUUUUGGUCUACGAUGGUUUACAACCGGGGUGCCAUUGAAGCUGUGAUUUCCUUCACCCAGUCUGCCGUACCGUGUUAUCUGGUCGGUGUGAUCCGCAGCUCCGCCGCUAUAUUCCCUGUGUAUUCGGCUGUGUUACGCUCGACGCUACAAGUCGUGUGUCGUUUGAUAACGCAGCGCGAGUCGGAUCGAUGCUGGAUCGGGCGAGAAUUCCUGGGAGACUUGCUGUACAAGCAUUACCUGAUAUCAGUUCCGCUGCUGUUCGAUCUGCUGUCGACCUAUGGCCGGGAAAACAAGACUGCACUGACCCAGAUGCUGCACACAGUAUUCAAGCUACAACCGAAGUACCGCAAUGAUUUGAAAACUGGGUUGCAGUUCCUACAGAAAACCUUCAACACUAUCCACCAACAGCUGGAAACGGAUCGCCUGGAUGGCCACACGGCGAGCACAGCAACGCUACAGGACCUAGCGAUAUACAGCCUGGAUUGUUCCACGGUGCUUGCAUUGCUAGUUGAGUUGUAUCCGGAAUGUCGACAGAUGUGCACCGAGCUGGGCAUGGAACCAUCCAUUAGUGCUUUCUACGACAACAGUGUCACUGUGCUGUACAAGAACAUUCACUCCGUGGACAACGAUUCGCCCUAUCUGGGUUUUCUGAAUGCGGCACGCGUAGAACUGCUGUCGGCUUUUCGUGCCAUUGUGAACCUACAGCUGGAGAGGGUUCUAGACAAUCCAGCCGAUAGUCUUCUGCCAGCGGAUAAAUUGCUCUGUAUUCUUACCGAAUGUCUGUCGGAUGCAAUCUUUGUGAGAGACUACCAGCUUCGUUACCCGGUUGAGCGAGAUAUAGAUAUCUUGAAGCAGGCGUGUCGGAAUGUAGAUACCUUCAAGAUGGACUUUGUGCAGAAUGCCUAUUGCGCUGAUGAGGCUGAAAAUGGUCUUACAAACGGCCAUUCCGAUACCGUUCCGGAGGAUGAUGAAAGUUUUGGUGAAGCGGCGGGAGGCGUUUUAGAGGAAGAAAUUUCGAAGGUUGCUGACCACAGUUCAACGGAGUUAAAACUUACAGCAGAGCAACAGGCAGAAGUGGACAUCCAGAAAGUGUUGGACGUUUUACCUCAUCUCGGGGAUGGUUAUGUUCGAAAGAUUCUCAGCAGGUACGACAACGUUGAGCAGGCAAUCGCAGCCGUACUGGAAGGAAAUUUGCCUCCAGAUUUAGCGGAGGCAGAUCCAACUGAACCCUACAUUCCGGCCGACAAGCUUGAUACGCUAUUUUUGGAGACGGGAAUCGAGCGAUUGAAUGUGUUCGACGGAGAUGAGUUUGAUGUGCUAGUUCACGACGAGAUCAAGGGUGUAAUGAAAAAGGGCAAGGGUAUGCCUGGGCAGGCGAAAAAUUUGAAAGAGAUGUUGGACGAUAAAAGUCAUAUACGAGAGAUGAAGGAUCGCUACCAGGAGUAUACUAAUAUUUGCGAUGAGUAUGACGACGAGUACGACGACAGCUUUGAUGCGAUGGCCGAGAGUGAAUCAAGAGCUAAGGUGCGCUUGACCCCUGCCAUGCGAAAUGCGCUGGUCGACGAGUUGGAAGAUGAGGACGAAGAAGAUGAGCAAGAAACCGAAGAACGUUCCUCGUUAGCGAUGGCAAAGAAACCACUGGAUUUUUGUGAAAAUCCGGAACUUGUUCGGCAACGGUAUGAAGAGAAACGACAAAGCAAAUUUCAAGCUAGACACGGUGGCCAAGUCUCAGCAGCGUCGGGUGGAGCCACGGGUAAAGACGUGGUUGGCAAAGCCAAGGGACAAGGCCAGGAUAAAUCUGUACUGAUGAAUCGAAAGCACAAGGGCGAGAAUAAGGCAAGCCGAGCCAACCAUAACCGAAAGCAAGGAGCAACUUUUAAACGAAACAAAGGGAUGAUUCCAUCCUAAGAGAAUGUUAGCUUUACUGUUUUUUUGUAAACAAUUAAAUUGUCGUUCAUGA